AAUAAGCUCUUUUCCUCUACCAGGAAGAAUUAAAAUCUCUCCCUCUCUUCCCAUGUCCAAAAACUGUGUUCUUGUUACCCAAUAUCUUUGUACCCAGCAUUGAACCAAAAAACAGAAUAAAAAGGAGUAGAGAGAAUAGUAAUCCUCAAUCAUGGUGUAUCAAUCUGAGUACUACUUUGAAUCCGAGCCAUAUGAAUACGAUUAUGAUGGAUACCAAAAACAAAGCCCCGUAAGAAAAAUACUCAUUAUUGCCUCCAUCGCAGCCGGAGUACAAUACGGAUGGGCACUCCAGCUUUCCCUACUAACACCCUAUGUACAACUCCUUGGCGUCCCCCACAAAUGGGCCGCCUUCAUAUGGCUCUGCGGGCCUGUUUCCGGCCUCCUCGUCCAACCCACAGUCGGUUACUAUAGCGACCGGUGCACCUCUCGCUAUGGCCGCCGCCGCCCCUUUAUAGUUGCCGGUGCCUCCCUUAUCACCGUUGCCGUCAUUCUCAUAGGCUUCGCUGCAGACGUCGGUCAUUAUCUCCUCGGUGACACCCUCGACGAAGAAACCAAACCAGCUGCCGUCACGAUUUUUGUUUUAGGGUUCUGGUUGCUCGACAUAGGGAACAAUACGUUGCAAGGUCCUUGUAGGGCACUUCUGGCCGACCUCUCUGGUGGUGACGAGGCGAUGACGCGGUUCGCAAACGCUCUCUUCGCCUUCUUCAUGGCCAUUGGAAACAUCCUCGGUUACGCGGCAGGUUCUCUCUCCGAGUUCUACCGUAUCCUACCCUUCACAAAAACCGAGGCGUGCGAUAUCUAUUGUGCCAACCUCAAGGUAUGCUUUCUCGUAUCUAUCCUGAUCUUGACAUUCGUAACCACAGUCGCCGUCACGUCGGUCUCGGAGGAACCCAUUGCGGCUCCUACAAGGGAAGGAAAGGUUGCAAUUAUCAUGGAGCAUGGAGAGGAGGUGUCAACAGGUUUCUUCAAGCAGCUGAGUUUUGCGUUGCUCAGCUUGUCGAAACCAAUGUGGAUUUUGCUUUUCCUGACGAGUUUGAAUUGGAUGGGGUGGUUUCCGUUCCUGUUAUACGACACGGAUUGGAUGGGGAAGGAGGUGUAUGGAGGUAACGUCGAGGGGAAUGUGGAGGAGAGAGAGUUAUACAAUCAGGGCGUUUGCGCAGGGUCGCUCGGGCUACUGUGGUAUGUGCUGACACUGGGAAUCACAUCGUUGGCAAUUGAGCCGCUGGUGCGGAUAUUGGGUGGCGUCAAGCAGGUGUGGGGGAUUGGCAACCUUUUGUUGGCAGUUUGUAUGGGAUUGACGGUGGUGAUUACCCAGAUGGCUGAGACUGCCAGAAGUACUGCUGCCGCGACUAGUAGUGGUGGGGAGCUUAAGCAACCGCCCUUGAAAGUGAAGAUGGCUUCUUACUUGCUUUUCUUCUUGUUGGGUAUCCCACAAGCAGUGACUUAUAGCCUUCCAUUUGCUCUAACUUCCAUAAUAUCCAACACAGUUGGUUCAGGUCAAGGGCUUUCUUUGGGAGUUCUAAAUCUUUCAAUCGUGAUACCACAGAUGGUGGUGGCUAUGGUUAGUGGACCACUGGAUGCGCUAUUCGGAGGAAGAAACUUACCAGCCUUUGUAAUGGGUGGCAUUGCAGCGGCGGCAAGUGGCAUAUUAUCAUUCGCCUGGCUCCCAACUUAAUUCAACAAAAACUGUGAAUGCCUGAAAUUUUGAAAGCUGUAUAUAUAGCUUCUUCACUGUGUACAAACCUAUACAUAAUUAACAUCUUGAAAAUGGAGAAAGUUCUAAUUGAUACAAUGGUGAUGCUAACUCAUUUGAUUGAACAACAUGACCCCUGUUCUCGAAUUGAUUUCAGAAGAGAAUUGGCACUCUUCUUAUAUUUCGAGAAAUUACUUAUGUAGCUGAAGCAAUGCGUUCAACCAUUUCCCAUUUCAACAAGACAAAAUCCAAAGGAACAGAUUUUUAACAGACUGAAUAGGAGAGUCCUUGCCAUCUAGGAACUUUUCUAUCCUAAUAUGUAUAAAUACGUUCCGGGGAACAACCUGGAGAAAAAAUAAAUAAAUAUGCUUCGGCCUAUUGCCUAUGUACCUUAAGGAACAAUUUCAACCAGCUUAACAAAACAAAACCAACAGAAACAAGACUUUCAACAACCAUAAAACAGAUCAUUCAACCCAUCUAGGAACUUCCAUCCGGACCAUCUUCAUCUUUAUGCAAUUUAAGUCUUUACCCUCCUGGAACUUUUAGGUAGAAAAGUAACAACCAUUCAACACUAGAAGGUAUCUAGAAGGAGCUUUGUGAGCAUGUGGGCAGGACAAGUUGCUUUGUGAGCAUUGGUAUCGACUGUUCCUAGUGAUCUCUAAAGGUUGCAAGUCCUAGAUUACACUGUACAUUCCACAAGCAUCUAGCUCUACAUAAUCACACCAGGCAUAGCACAAGGAAGAUUCAUCAAAUUGAAGCUUGGAGACGAGAUCAUGGUUGUUUAUCAGCCAGAAACACCCAGAAGAUUGUUUUUUGAUUUUGAGGGUUGGUCUUGCCAAGCGAGUGGAGCCACAGAACAAAAUAGUUCCGAGUGGAACAAGCUACUUAGAGAGAUUGGGACUACGGAAAUGCUCAUGGUGCAUCAAUUAUGAAACAUCUCGUGUCUUUAUAUUUUGUAGUUGUACUUGAUUCUUGACCUUGUACUGUAGUACAGUAUGCAUAGUACUUCGUAUUGUAACUUCUCAGAUAGGAGGGUAUUUGCCAUUACAAAUCCCUGUCUCCUAUGCUUGUGAUUGUUUUGGAUGGUCUCUUAACUAUUAGGCUGCAU